UAGAUGUUUGGCGAGAUCAUCGGAAAUAGAAGCUGUGCCGAAUGUUCCAGUAGUGCCUGUGGAAAACUCCAAUGAGUCCUCGGCGGAAAGUCUCUUAGUAGCUUCAGGAUUUUUGGCAACACCUCCAUCUCCGAAAAUAACGCUUUGGUCAUCUACACCGGAUUCUGAUUUUGAGCCAAGCCUGUCUCCGUUACCACGCCAGCUGUCGCCAAUUCCGAACACACCGCAAAUGGUAGGUACUUCCCCAAUGCUACUGCACACCUCGUCAUAUGCUGAAGAUCCUAUCAAUUCGGAAACUGCACUAAUGGAAAACGUCAAUACAAAAUCGGCAAUAAGUCAAACAUCAAUCGGAACCCAAUUUUCAAGAGCUGAAGGUGGGUCACGAAUUACUGACCAUGGUCCUCGUCGCAUUAGUAUUUCUAAUUUCCUACAACUCCCACCAACUCCGAAACGGAAGCAAAUAAAACGUAACUACAAACAAAAACGCCAUUUCAUCCUAACUGCUGCAGAGCGCAUUCAAGAGCUUGAACAGAAGGAGCAAGAAAAAGAAAACGCUGCGAUUCGUCGUCAGGAAGCCGUCGAACAACGGGCAUCGAAAAAAGCGGACGUCGAAAAAAAGAAACAAGAGCGGAAAAUUUUGCUUGAGCAGCGACGAGCUUUGAAGAAAGUUGAAAAUGAGAAAAAGAAAGAACUGAAGGAUAAAAUGAAAAAUCUUAAAUUGAAAAACAAACGAAAUAUGGAUAAAGUGGAGGCAUCUGAAGAAAAAGGAAAAAUGUCCAAGCGGAUCCGCAAUUGAUCGGUAUCACACGAAGAACUACUUUAAGCAUUUAUUAAUCAUUAUUUUUUGGAAAUCGGCUAUUUAAAAUACCUAAACACAAAAGUUGAAAUGUAUGGAUUCUAUACAAUGAAUUUGAAA